CAGGCAGCGCACAGCAAGGCAAGGCAGGGCAGGGCCGGGCCGGGGGCCCCGCCGCGCCCCUGGGAAGGCGCUGCCCUGCGCUGUGCGCGAGGGAGGGCCGGGCUUCCCCAGUUCAGACAAGUUCUCGCCCCGCUUCUGCGGCGGUUUUUGGUGCGACACCGUCCUGACAUGUUGUAACUGGUUUCCACACCCACCGCGCCUGAGAGCGACGGGAAGUACCUGCGGGGAGCCCUGCGCCGUCCUGACUCGCCGCGGCCGCGAUCGCAGGAGCUGGGUCUCCCGCCGGGCCGGGAAGAGCCGGGAAGAGGCGAAGUCCCCCCGCGGGGCAGCGGCGCAGUAUAUUUCACCAACUCACAAAUGGAAGUAUAAGAGACUUUGUACAAAAUAUAUGUGAAAAUGGAAACUUCAUCUUUACUAUCAUCCCUACAUGAUGAAUGCAGAUCAGACAACUUUAUUGAGCCUCAUUACAAGGAAUGGUACCGAGUAGCUAUUGAUGCUCUAAUUGAAGGAGGUUUAGAAGCCUACAAAGAAUUUCUUUCGAAAGAGAGAUGUUCAGAGUUCCUUGCAGAUGAGGAAAUUGAUUAUAUUUUGAACAAUGUUCAUAAACUUCCCCAAAACACAGUUUAUUCCUCUAACAAUGCCAUUGAUGACACCUCUUCCUCGGGAACCUACUGGCCUAUUGAAUCAGAUGUGGAAGCUCCAAAUCUUGACUUAGGUUGGCCCUACCUGAUGCCUGGAAUUUCUGGUGGCACAAAUAUCGAUCUGCUUUUUCAUCCCCCACGAGCACAGCCUUACACCAUAAAGGAAACUAUUCGGAAGAUGAUACGAGAUGCAAGAAAGGUCAUUGCCAUAGUUAUGGAUAUGUUUACAGAUGUGGAUAUCUUUAGAGAAAUUGUAGAGGCAUCUACUAGAGGGAUUGCAGUGUACCUCCUGCUUGAUGAGUCAAACUUUGGUCACUUUCUGAAAAUGACGGAGAAACAAGGCUGCCAAGUUCAAAGGCUCAGGAACAUGAGAGUACGGACAGUAAAAGGACAAGAUUACUAUUCUAAAACAGGAGCAAAAUUCCAUGGAAAAAUGGAACAAAAAUUUCUGCUGGUUGAUUGUAAGAAAGUUAUAUAUGGUUCUUACAGCUUUAUGUGGUCUUUUGAAAAAACCAACCUCAGUAUGGUUCAAGUUAUAACAGGACAGCUGGUUGAAUCCUUUGAUGAAGAGUUCAGGACACUGUAUGCCCGUUCUUCUGUUCCUAGUUCAUUUGCCCCUGAAUUAGUGCGGGUAAACAGCCGCAGAACGCUCUGGGAUAAUGACACAUGCCAACACUCAGUGUCUUCCUUAGCUUCAGUUUCUAGCCAAAGAAACCUUUUUGGUAGACAAGACAAGAUUCACAAGUUAGAUCCUGUUUAUUUGAAAACUCGUGGACGAUUUGCAGUAAAUGAAAUAGAUAAAUUUGGCUUGAGAAAUCAAACUUUUAAUAAACAACCAUUUCAUCCAGGUUUUAAUAUGCAAAAUCCAAUCCAGCAGUAUCAACCUAGUGAAAAAAAUGAGCACUGGAAGAGACAUAGUUAUGCUGGGGAGAAGCCGGAAAGGACACCUUACCUACUGCUUAACAGAGCUAUUAAUAGAGCCAAUAAUCCAUUGAAUACUUGGAAAAUGCCAUCUGAUAGCCUUAGUAUUGUAUCUUCAUUACGAGGAGGAUAUGCAAAUAACUACAAUACACCCCAACAAAGUUUUGCUGAUCAAUUUUCACGACAGAAGGUAAAUCUUGCAGAAAGAAAUUCAAUUGUACGGAGGUCUUUUAAUGGGACAGAUAAUCAAAUCCGCCAUCUGCAGCAAAGGAUGCCAACACUUGAACACACAACAAAAUCAUUCCUACGUAACUGGCGAAUUAAGUCAUAUUUAAAUGACCAUUCUGAUUAUCCAGUAGAGUCUAAUGGAUCAGUCUUGGGUGACAGAUACGAUGGCUAUGACACAACUGAAAAUAUUAAAGCUCAUGCUCUGUACUCCCACUCUCGCUUACGAUCGUCAUUAGUGUUCCAGCCAACUUUACCUGAACAACAGGAGGUAAGCAGCUGUGCAAGUUCUUCAAAUUCAACUAUAAUUGGGUCAGAAGGAAGUGAAACACCUAAAGGGACAUCUAAUCAUGCCCCAAGUUUGGAAAAUGGAACAGAUAAUACUUCAGAAGAGCUUAGCACAAAUGCCUCACCUAAAUCAGAAGCACCCAAAAACCACAAAAUUCAAAUGGCAGAAAGCAGAAAGCCUACUGUAAAUUCGAAUGCAGUAGGGGACCCAUCUGCCUAUAUAUACACAACGCUCUGUGCAGACAAGCAUGCAGAAAACAUGAAAAAUCUUCAAAAUGACAAUAUCCUUAAAAGGAGAAGCUUUCCCAUGUUUAAUUCAAAGUCUAUAUUGGACCCUCAUGCUGAUAAACACACAUCCAGUUAUGUUUACAGCACACUGACUAGGCAUAGGCUUAAGCAGCCAGUUAGUCCAAAAAUUCCAGAAGAUACACUAAAGAGCUCUAAAAGUUUGCAUAGUAUGGCCAACCAUUUACCACAGGAGGAAAAGGAUCUUAAAGGAGAGCUGAAGAGCCCAACUGCUACCAAGGCAAUCUCUAUGGCUGUUCUUGCUGAAGCUAUCAAAGAGGAGUCUGGUAAGGAUUGUACAUCAAAGAAGGAAAAUAAGAGUUCCCCAAAUUUUCUAAAGAAAGGAUCCCAAAAAUUGCGGUCACUUCUUAAUCUCACCCCAGACAAGAAAGAAAUCUUGUCAAAAAACAAAAGUCCUGCCUUUUACAGAAUGUGUAGUAGUUCUGACACUUUGGUUUCUGAAGAAGAGAAUCAAAAACCAAAGGUAUCUGAAAAUAAGACAGAUUCUUCCCCAAGGAGAAAGAGAAACACAUCAAAUUCACAAGGUAGCUUGAACAGAAGUAAAGAAGAUGUCACUUCAAGCCCAUCAAAGUCUCCAAAGUCUCCAAAGUCUCCAAAGUCUCCAAAGCCUCAAAAACCUCCAUCUGAUGAAAGCAAUAAAAAGUGUCCUGUCUUGUGCCCUCUUGAAACUAAGUUCAUAGAAACUGCAGGAGAUGCAUCUACCCCAAGAUUUAAUACGGAACAGAUUCAGUAUCAAGAUGUAAAGGAAAUUACCACAAAUGCUGCUCCUGAGAGUGCCCCUGUUUGUGCUCUACAAAGAGCAACUUCAGUGACACCGCAACUGGCAAGCUCAAAACAUCAAGAGGAUCUCAGAUCUCGUUCAAGUGAAAGACGUGUUUACAGUCGCUUUGAGCCAUUCUAUAAGAUGGAAAAUGCUAGUCAACUUGCAGGAAAUACACUAAAUAGCAGUUCACAUCUCUCAGAUAUGAAAAGCAAGACCUUAGGGAAUAACUAUGGCAGAAGUAAUCACCUGGUCAGCUACAACUCAACUGCUUAUCAUCCAUUUCAGCCUAAUGAAAAUAAACUGAGAGGAUUCAUGCAGAAAUUUGGGAACUUUCUACACAAAAACAAGUAAAACUUCUGCUACUGUUGUUGAUAUACAGCAAGAAUAGCAAAGCUGUACAUUCCUAACUGGACAAGGCCGAUGAACUUUUUUGUAGUUUUCUAGUUUUGUAGAACUUAUUUAGGUUUCUUCAGAAUCGAGGACAAUUGAAUGAAUGUACAUAUUUUUACAUAAUUACCCUAGGAUUAUUAUACUUCAAUCAUUACUGAAAUUCUGUGUCCAGAAAACAUCUCAAGGGAGUUGUUUAUAGUGUUUAUAUUGUAAGAUUACUUUUAUACAUUUUCUUUGUGAAGAAAGUAUGUGUUAGCAUCUUGUAAGAUUGCCUGUGGGGGAAAAGAAAUAUGGAGAGUGUUUUUAAACUUCAAAUAAUACCAUUUCCAAAGAUAUUCCCUUUAAAAAUAGGAUAGCACUAGGAAUAGUGGCUUGCAUCUUUUCAGCAUUUAUGUACAUUUUCAAAUGAUAAACACAGAUGUUAAUGCAUUGCACGUUACUUAUCUUUAAACUCAUUUUUAAACCCUCUUAUAGAUUUCAUCUUGGUAAUAAUUUACCCCCUAGCAUCGUAUUGAGCUGUUUAGGCAGCAGAUGGAUCUUCAUUGAAUUUUCCGUUUAAUAUGAUGUUUUCUGAACUAUUUGGCACACAUCUUAAAGUGACCUUAAUCCAAGCUUUUACGGACUUGUUUACAUGGCUAAAGUAAUGUGAAUGUAGGAUGAAUGUUGAAAAAAAGAAAGUAACAAAAAAAGACCCCCAACAGUUUAUAAACAGGGUGCCUUCAAAAGAACUUACAACUGGUUUAAAUUUCAGUGAAUUAAGUACUUUUGUAUAACAUGCCAGUAUUCUGUAAUGUAUUCUAAAAAUAAUUUUUUGUUAGAUUUUUCUGUUGUUUCCAUGAAAAAAAAGUGGAUUUCCAUUUCUCAGGUAAGUCUUAGAGUUUCAUAUGCAACAGUCUGUGUAAAGUGUUGCCAGAUUAUGUACAACUCUGCCUUUAAUAACCUAUUUUUUUGAUAGCAAGGUUGCAAGUGCUUAGACCAGGCAUGUGAGGGAGGUUGUAAACUCGACACUGCAAUACUUGAAUAUUCCAUGCCCUGUUGCUUUAUGUCAGGAAGAUUGUCAGAAGGCCAGGAACAAUUAGAUAUCUAAAAAUGAGACUGAUGAAAGCCACCACAUCAAGCAAUAUGAUGCCUCUCCUAAAGUAUCAAUGAAGGGUGAUAGCAACAAUUGUUUAACAUUAGUGAACGUAUUCAGGCACCUAGUUGCAAUCUCAGGGGAUGUAUCUGUGUGUUCAUUCAGACUCUCAGUCUCUCACUUUCUUGAUAUUAAAUGCCUAUAGCAGAUCAGUGCAUACAGAAAAACACAGGGACGUGGCAUCUGCUUCUUACCUGCUGCUCAUAGUCAAAGCAUCCACCUGGCUCAUGGCCCUCCUUGGUGGCGGUUUUUCUUUGAGGAGAGCGCCUGUAACCAUUUAGCUGCAAGAUGCUCUGGGACAAUCUUGUUUCAUUUGAAUUCUGUAAAGCUCUUCCACCACACUUUACAUAAUUACAUAUUAAGAGGGCUGAAGACAAUAAAGUGGACAUUUCUCUGAUUAUGGCAGUCAGCAUUUUGGAAGGGCAUAUUCACAUCCUUGCCUUGCUAGCACACCUGCCUCUUCUCAUGUCUUAGGCAUGAUUUGAGAACAGCAACUGAGAACUAAGUUCUAGUGGGAUCAUGAAAAAUACUUUUUUAGGAAAAGAAUACUGCAGCAGGCACUGGGCAACUCAGCAUUUUUGGGGAUUUAGGCAAUAUUGUAAAUUUUCAGCAACAGAAAUUUGGGUAACUUCAUUGCUGAAAGCUUAUGUACCUUAUACAGGGUUUUCAUGUUUCAGGAGCAUGUUUUGGGAGACCGUUUCACUUUUAGAUCUAAAAGGUCCUACAGCAUUCCAUGCUGGAAUCCCAUUGCGGAGGUUGUGGUUUGUCCUUUAAAAACAUCAAAAAGGCAUUUCAUGCCCCAGCUCAGUUGAGUUCAUUUGUCUGUGCUACCUGUGGUGCUGAGAGGAGAUUUUACAUGGAAAUCUCAUCACUGAGAAUUUCAUUUGAAUUUCAUUCAAACUGUUUCUCAGGCAAACUUACUAGGUUGAUGCAUUAUAAUAAUUACUGUUUCACUGUGGGGAUGGUAUUUAUUUUUAAGGGCCUUGUGUCUCAAUCCUCUGCUGAAAGUUUCAGUCACCCUUUUACCUAUGAUUUACUUGGGAUGGAAAAGACUAUGAAUUUCUAAAUGGACACCGGCCACUUGAUCACUCCAUGCUAAAAUGCCCCAGUACAUAUCUUUCCCAAAUGAGCAUUCAUAGCAUCCUGUCAGAAGCAGCAAUUUCAGGCCCAGAUCCUGAGGCAAGAUGCAUCUCCUUAGUAUUAUGUGCAUAUUUUCAACAUAGGCACAACAUACUUCCCCAAGUAGUUUUGAAGUGACAGUUCUUUGCAUUUUGUAGUAGAAUGUGGGAAACAUAUUUUGAUACACUUAGGAGUCUUUUUCUGUAUUUUCCAGAGUGGAUUGUUUAUAAGAGAGUCCUGAGAAAGCAAGUAUUUUAAUUUACCAAGUCACCUAUAUAUAAUUCCAUUUUGUAUUUAUACACAGCAGAUUAAGUGUCUUCAGUGAAGAGCCUGCUCAUAUGCUUAAUAAUGCAAAAAAAAUAAUCACAGUAAAAUUUUCUUUUUCAUUUCCAUGUAUCUCCUCAGAGACUAUGCAUUGAGGCCUGAUCCAAGAUUAACUGAACUGAAUGAAAAUGAUCACCACUGGCUUCAGUGAAAGUUGGAUCAGACACAUAAUGUAGUGAUGCCACUAUUUUAGAGGUGUGACAAAAUGCUGCUUGGAAAGCAUGCAGCCCUGGCACUGUGGGAGCAGCAGCUUGAUGCCCUGCCUGCAGCUUUAGAGAUGAGGGAGCCCUUGGUAGAGCUCCAAGGCAAGUGAUGCAAGGACCAGCUGCCUUGUUGUUCCCACUGGAAUUGUGUGUUAUAGGUGGGGAAGCAGUGCUCAGCUGUUUGUGUCUGAUUUGCCUCCUGUCUGUGGAGGAUCCCACCUGUUCCACAAAAUAGAGAAGUGUGGAAGAAAAUACAUAAGCUCUUUGCAUCAGCAAAAUCUGUGUCUUUUUGGAAGGAGGAAUAGAGCUUAUAUAUUUAAACUUCCUUUUCCCCAAGCUUGUCUUGAUCUUUCUGCUCUUCCAAAAGAGAUGGACUUUGUUCAGUGUGUCCUGAAUGUGCUUUGCACAUUGCAGGUUUGUUACACCCUGCACACACCCAGUGUACUCCCAGUUUUGUAAGGCUCUGAAGUAAUAGGUAUUGCCACGCAUGAUGGUCAUGUGGCCAAAUGGCUUGGGAGUUGAGAAACACACAAAAAAAUGAUGUGUCAUUUUCACAUUAGAUAAAACUCUGUUAGAUCCAGAUGAUCAGAGUUACACAGUACUGAAUGUGGCCCUCAGGAGCUCCGUGGGCAGCUCAUACAGGAAAUACAGACCCCUCAUACAGCACACGUUCAAUUUGUGUUGUAAAUAAACCACCUCAGCAUACGAUCGUAACACCCAGUGAAUUAAUUGCUUCAUUUCUUCAGCCUUGUAGUAAACAGUUUUUACUGCCUCUCAGAUUGCAAAACGUUGGUUAUUUUACUAAUGAGCUUGCACAGCACUCUAUUCAUGCUAAUGAAUAUGAACUUUGUGUAAAUAAAAAUUAAGACAAAUUGAAUUUCCUGCUGUCUAAUUCACAAGGAUAAUAUUUUUUGUUAGAAGCCUUGACAGAAAGAAAGCUUAUCAUAAGCUUGUCAGGUUGGUUUCAUUACUGACAGCAAUUGAUUGUGCUGUUCUCAUUUAAAAUUGAUACUUGAUUUGUAAAUCCUUUUUUUUCAGGUGGAAUUCCCAGAUUACAUAGCAACUGUGUUACGGAUAUACUGUGUAUGUACAUAUACAAACCAAAAAUGUCUUGAAAUAAUUUAUUAUUGAUAGAUACAAGAGCAAUAUCAUUCAGAAAAAAAAACAAAAAACUGUUUGAUCUUUUUUUUUUUUGGCUUUCUGAAAAAUAAAAGGGAAUGUUGUGGCUUAUAGAAGAAGUCAUAAGAAAAAUAAUCCCAAGAUCUGUGCCAAGAUAGUGUAAAAAUAAAAUUUAAAAUGGCUCCACUAUGCUGUACGAGAAAUAUCUUUUCUUCAUUUGUAGCACUUUUUUCCUUGCUCUUUCCUGACAUAAACUGUACAACCACAAGUGACUGUACAACAGUGUGAUGAACAGAAAUCAGUAAGAACUUGUUCCCCAGAUCAAUAUUGUACUGUACAGUACAAUAUUUGUGGUCUGCUGUUGUUUUUUAAAAAACUUUAUUUUGAUUUAAGCUGUAGAAUUAGAACAACAUAAAUCUGCAGUAGUUCAUUGGUAAAUAAAAUCUGUUUCUCUAGUUUUGUGUUAAGUUGCAUGAAUACAUUCUCCAUCAGCACCCCAGUGAUGAGAAAAGUCUGCGCUGCUCACAUGCCAUCUUGCCAUUUCAUUUCAUACAGGUGCUUACAGAUGUCUCUGUGCCUUUCUGUAGACUAUGACAUUUUUGUUUCCAACCCUUAACGAAGGGUUUCAGUUAGGUCUCCUUUGUUUUACAUUUGAAUAUGGUGCCAAAGGAAUGUUGCGUGUUCUGGCAACAGCUUUGAGAAACAGGAUGGAAGAAACCACGUGCUUUUGACAGUGCAGAAUAGAGCUACAUUGUUCUUAGGCAAAGAUAGUGGUUUGGAUUUCUGCUUUAAUGACGUUGAGUUGUUAAGUUUUGCUUAACUCAACUCUGCCUUCUAGCAAUCUCCUCCAGGUCAGUAUUUUCAUAUAUUGCAACGCUAAAGCAAAAUAAGUCCUGUUUUUGAAAAUCAGGAUUUUGGGUCCUAUACUUCCAAAUCAAGUUUCUGUACAUCUUGAAAAUAUCUUUUUCUGGAAGAUCUCUGAACAUCUCUCCAGAAGAAACUGAUGGAUUCUGUGAAGACUAUGCACCUUUCUCCCAUCACAUGUGUUAGGCUAACUAAAAAUUUCAUGGACAAGCACGAAAGAUUUCUGUGGAGAAAAUAAGCAUUUCCGAUAAGAGGCUCAUCGUUCAUGUUUGUUUUGAUACUGUUGAUUCUAUACAUAAAUAUAGCUGAGAAAAACAUACUUCUUGUCUCUAUGAAGUAGAGAACUGAUGACAGUCCAAGUAUCAUUAUUAUAAAGACUUAGCACCAAUAGCAAUAUUUCAUUGUGUUUGAGAAAUGAAUGCAACUCAUUUAUUUCAGCAUUCAAACGCAGGACUCUUACUUGUUUGUUAUACAUUGUCUGUUCUUGCCUCAUUUAGCAAUCAGCCUGCUCAAAAUGCAGACUAGUUGUCCUCAGUUUCUCAAGACAUUGAAUAAUACCUGGAAAAACAUAUCCAGCGAAGCAUUAAACACCCACUUAACUUUAAAAUGGGAGGUUAGUACCAGGCUAGGACCAGGCCCUGAGCAGCCUGAUUUAGCUGUGGAUGUCCCUGUUCAUUGCAGGGGAAUUCACAGAAUCAUAGAAUCACAGAAUCCUUAGAGUUGGUAGGAACCUCUGAGGUGCAUCUAGUCCAACUCCUCUGCAAUGAGCAGGGACACCACAGCUAGAUCAGGUUGCCCAGGGCCUUAUCCAGCCUCACCUUGAAAGUCUCCAGGGUCGAGGCAUCAACCACAUCAUUAGGCAACUUGUUCCAAUAUCUCACCACUCUCACUGUAAAAAUUUUUUUCCUUAUGUGUAACCUAAACCUACCUAAAGACGGUACUCUUUGAGCUUGAGUUGGACUAGAUGACCUUUAACAUUCCUUUCCAACUCAAAAGAUUCUAUUAUUCUAUGAUAGUUUAACUCCUCCUGGGAUAAAACACAACACCAGCCAUGACUAGAUGUGUUUUGCUAAAUAUUGGUGUAAAAAUCUCAGUGUAAUCCUAGCUGACACAUUUUGGAAAACUGCUGAAUAUAUGUGAUUUAAUUGUUUUUUAAUGAUUUAAUUGUUUUCUUUGGGCCAUAUCUAAUUUUACCCAUGUUGAUACUGCAUUUUCAUAUCAUGACUGGCAUGUUUUUUCAAAAUCUCACUUGUGCCAGUAUGAGAAUGUUGUUCUUGGUUACAGGGUCUGGAUCACUUUUCCAAGAGCAGGUUCUAUGGACUCCUGGUGAUCCAAAAGAUUUCAAAAAGUGGCAUGGAACUGAGUUCAGAUUAUUAAAAGCACAACAAAGCCAAACAAAAAGUCUUUACUAUAUAUUUCCACAUAGAGCAAAGGAAGCAAGUCAAAUCAGAAGAUUCAUAAAAGUGCACAUUCAUAAUGCAAUUUUUACAGUUUGAAACUGAAAGCUGUAUUUCAACAUUGCAGUCAUUGAAUUAAAAAAAAAAAAAGCUGAGUAACACUGAUCUACAGGAUGCAAAACAACCAUGAGGAGUGCUACAAACACAUAAAACUCGAAAUAGGUUUUUCUGAGUAAUUUCUGAGGGGAAAGAAAAGGAAUUCCAUCAAGUUGGUUUUAAUACUAACAAGUUGGUUCCAAUACUGACAGCAAUUGAUUGUGCUGUUCUCAUUUAAAAUUGAUACUUGAUUUGUAAAUCCUUUUUUUCAGACAGAGUUCCCAGUUUACAUAGCAACUAUGUUACGGAUUUACUGUGUAUGUACAUAUACAAACCAAAAAUGUCUUGAAAUAAUUUAUUACUUUUAUUUUUUACCAAAUAAAAUGUUUCUUUUAAAGCUCA